GACAUUCCGACCAAGACCUCAUUAGACUUGACAAUUGUUGUUCAACACAAACUCAUUUCACGCUACUUUCAUGUCAAAUUGCAGCAUCAUGCAUGCAUCAAUCUUAGUUGAAAUCCUGAUUGAUGACAAGAAUAAAAAAGGAAUAAAGCAGACACAAACCAGGGAGGAUUCAUGUUUUCCAUUCUCCACAAGCAUUUGAUGCUUGUAAGAAAGUUGAUUUUCGAUUGAUGACCCUGACCUUCACCUGAAUGUUCAUCAAACAACGAAUCGCAUUUGCAACCAGAUGGGUCUCUUAUCAAAGUCAAUAUUGACAGCUGAAAUGUCACCGGCUCAAUGACCACAGUCAGUCCCCCUACAAAAGGCAGCAAUGCCACAGUCUCUUUUUUGAUCUGCUGCCAUGUUUCUACGCAUCGUGCUUGCGCUGGUGCUAACGGCGGUGGUCGUGCGAUGCGGCCCGGCUCAGCUGCUGGACCGCCGGGCUGAGCUGGACAGCAUCCGCGCGACUGUGGAGGAUCUGAAGGCCGACAGACGAGCUAUGAUGCAGCGUCUGGAGAGGGCUGAGAGGGAGCUGAAGGGAGUUCGAGGAACUCCAAAGAUUGCCUUUGCUGCCUCCCUGGGUGGAAACGGCGCCCAGAAGACGACGUCCGGAAACAAACCUCUGAUCUACAGGGAUGUCCUGACUAACGUCGGCGGGGCUUAUAACGCAGAGACGGGCACAUUCACUGCGCCCAUUCGUGGCGUCUACUAUGUCCGGUUCACCACCAAUGCACCCACUGACUUCCCCAUGAGCUCUGUGAUGUACAAGAAUGACGCAGAGAUCCAACUCAUCACUCACGAGCAGCCGUCCGGUCAGGGCAGCGAUACGGCAUCCAAUGGUGCCGCCCUGCUGCUGGAGGAGGGUGACAAGCUGAAGAUGGUGCUGUGGCACAACACGCAGAUCUGGGACAACAGCAACCACCACAGCACCUUCAGCGGAUUCCUGAUUUUCCCACUGAUUGAUGAAGCUCCGAUGGAGUUUGAUAUCGAGUCAGAGAUGAAAAGUCUUCAGGACUCAGUGACACAGCUCCAAACAGAGAACACAGAACUCAAAGAAAAAUUGGAGGGCACCGAGAUGGAGCUGAAGAUGAUGAGAGAUGUGCCAAAGGUGGCGUUUGCAGCAUCGCUAGGUGGUAACGGCCUCCAGAAGACCACAUCUGGAAUGAAGAAACUCCUCUUCAAGGACGUCCUCACCAACAUCGGAGAGGCGUACAACUCGGAGACAGGUUAUUUCACCGCACCCGUCCGCGGCGUCUACUACAUCCGAUUCACCGCCAACGCACCUACCGAUUUCGACAUGAGCGCCGCGUUGUAUAAGAAUGACGCAGAGAUCCAGCUCAUCGCCCACGAGCAGAAAUCGGGCGAGGGCAGCGACACGGCAUCCAACGGCGCCACACUGCAGCUGGAGAAGGGUGACAGGCUCUCGCUGCAUUUGUGGCACAACACCCAGAUCUGGGACAACAUCAACCACCACAGCACCUUCAGCGGAUUCCUGCUCUUUCCCCAGUAGCCCCCUUCCACACACUCACUAAACACUCAAUAAAAAACCAUUAAAUCUUU